CUCUUUGGUGCUGGCGGCCAGCGAAGAUGACGAAGGGUACGUCGUCAUUUGGUAAGCGACGAAAUAAGACACACACCCUGUGUCGUCGAUGUGGGUCCAAGGCAUACCAUCUGCAAAAGUCGACUUGUGGGAAAUGUGGUUACCCUGCUAAGCGUAAGAGAAAGUAUAACUGGAGUGCAAAGGCUAAAAGACGCAACACCACUGGUACUGGUCGCAUGAGGCACCUGAAGAAGGUCUACCGUCGAUUCAGGAACGGAUUCCGUGAGGGAACGACACCGAAGCCCAAGAGAGCAGCUGUUGCAGCCUCCAGUUCAUCUUAAAGACUCAUCUAUUUGUUAAAAUAAAUGGUCUUAACCAGAAAA